AGUGUAUCACCUUGGGGAGCUCCAGUGUUGUUUGUCAAGAAGAAGGAUGGGAGCAUGAGGCUAUGCAUUGAUUACCGGGAAUUGAAUAAGGUGACUGUGAAGAACUGGUAUCCCCUUCCUAGAAUUGACGACUUGUUUGACCAGCUCAAGGGUGCUCAGGUAUUUUCUAAGAUUGAUCUUCGAUUUGGCUACCACCAGGUGAAGAUUAAGCCGGAUGACGUGCCAAAGACUGCCUUUCGCACCCGUUAUGGUCAUUAUGAGUUCAUAGUCAUGCCAUUUGGCUUGACAAAUGCCCCUGCCAGAUUUAUGGAUUUGAUGAAUCGGGUGCUUAGCAAGUACCUAGACCAGUUUGUGGUUGUCUUUAUUGACGACAUUUUGGUCUACUCUUCUAGCCAUGCUCUUCAUGAGAAGCACUUGAGGACAGUCCUCGAGACGUUGAGAAGGGAGAGGCUGUUUGCUAAAUUCAAGAAGUGUGAAUUUUGGCUAGACAAUGUUGCAUUCCUAGAAAUCCGUAGUUUUCUAGGAUUGGCUGGUUACUAUUGCCGAUUUGUGGGGGAUUUCUCUAGAAUUGCUCUGCCCAUGACUCGUCUUAUCAGAAAGAACACCAAGUUUGAGUGGACCCCAAAGUGUGAGAAGAGCUUUUUGACCUUGAAGGAGAAGUUGAUCACUACUCCUGUACUUGCACUUCCAAUUAAUGGGGAAAAAUUCACUAUAUAUAGUGAUGCCUCUAAAAAGGGUUUGGGAUGUGUCUUGAUGCAAAAAGAUAGGGUUAUUGCAUAUGCUUCUCGGCAGUUAAAGCCUUAUGAAGAAAAUUACCCUACCCAUGAUCUAGAGUUGGCAGUUGUGGUAUUUGCACUCAAGAUCUGGAGGCAUUAUCUGUAUGGUGAGACUUGUGAAAUCUUCACUGAUCACAAGAGCCUUAAGUAUAUUUUCACUCAGAAGGAGCUUAAUAUGAGGCAGAGGCGAUGGCUUGAACUUUUAAAGGACUACGACUUGACCAUUAGCUACCAUCCGGGCAAGGCUAACAAGAAGGAGUUACUUGAGGAUCUUGUGAAACUAGAUGUGGAGUUGAGAGUGGACAGCACUACGGCUUAUUUAGCCACUCUCAGUGCACAACUGGCCUUAAUAGAUAGAAUUAAACUUGCCCAACAAAAAGAUUCCUUCUUGCAGAAGAUGAAGGAAAAAGUAAGAGCCGGGGAACCCCACAUGCAAGAAUUUAGGAUUUCUGAUGAUGAGAUUCUGUGGUUUGGUGAUAGGCUGUGUGUACCAAGAAACCAUGCUUUAAGGCGUGAGAUUAUGGGAGAUGCCCAUUAUACUGGCUAUACAAUCCACCCAGGGAGCACCAAGAUGUAUCGUGAUUUACGUAGGACAUUUUGGUGGCGGAACAUGAAGAGGGAGAUAGCUAGAUUUGUCUCACAAUGCCUGACUUGCCAAAAGGUCAAGGUUGAACACCAGAGACUUCUUGGAAAACUGCAGCCGUUACCUAUUCCUCAGUGGAAGUGGGAAAACAUCACCAUGGACUUUUUCCGAGCCUUGUGCAUUUGUGGGACCCGUCUCACGAGUGCACGGCGUCUGUCGUGUCUCGAAAUUGGGUUUUGGGGCGUGACAGAUAAAGUGGUAUCAGAGCUUAGGUUUGAUUAAGAUUUUGUGAUGUGAGAGCCUAGGUUUAAGUGAAUACCUAGGAUAUGUUUUGAACUUGGCUAGUUAAGGGAUUUAGAACCGUGGUGAGACGAGUGACGGGGUUAUACAAGGGACGAUCCUGAUUUGUGUUACCUGAAUUUUCUGAUUCACUUUGAUGUGAUAGUGAUUCAGUUAGUUCCUGUUAUCUGUCGAUAGUGAGAAGUUUUGAAAUUAAUCUUGCUCACUAUG